AAUAUGGGCAAUAUGAAGAAUUUGAUAUCCUCAGCAUUGUUGGUCUUUUUUUUAAUUGUUGCCCUCUGUUCGGAGCUACUGUAUAAAAUUUUGUUUUAUUCAUGUUCAUGACUGAAAUUAUUUAAAUUAAUAAGCAAUUUCUAUAACUUACUCGUAUCGAUGUCCUUUUAGAGACUAACCUCUACUGUUCUGUCAGUCUAAUGUCGUGCGCGCCUCUUUCAGAGCCACUGUUUUUGGCUUCACACUUUCCGUCAUGCGGACUGCAUUAAGGUCAUUUGCUCUCCACCACUCACUUAUUUCAAAACGUGCCUGUUCAAGUUUUGAUCGAAUGGGCUUUUACUGGUCAUUCAAAAUGCAAAACCCUAUUUGCAAAAAUCAGGUUACUGUCUUCUGGAAUUUUAUUUAAGCACACGGUUUGUUAUUCGGUUAGAUUCUUUUGGGUUUAAUUUUUACAUGUACAGCAAUUAUCAGGUUACGUUGACUGGAGAAAGUCGUUGAUAAUCUGCUUUCCAAACAGUUUUUAUAAGCGCGAGGUUUAUUUCACAGCAUUUUUAGAUAAAUGCGGUGUACACGCGGUAUUCUCCUCAGAGUGUUAAGACGGUAAUUGCUUUAGUGCUGGAAGUCCUCAGUUGGUUUUUGACUUUUAUGGCACCAAGGCGCGUUUGACGCAUUCUUUUGUAAGAUGCCCCCUCCCCCGCCUUUCUCUUGUCCAUUUAGUAGCUAAAAUUUUCAAUGCAGUACAAAUGGCGAAAGGAAAUGCACAGACGGUUCCCUUUCAUAACCAAGAAAGCCAGAGGAAACGAAAAGAAAACAAAUAUUUAAGAAACAUAUACGCCACAAUAAAACAUAUUUAAAAAUAAACAUACCAGGCUGUUACAUUUAAGCUUGUUGACUGACAACCAUAAAGGAACAUAUGUAAUAAAAUAUUCUUUGUUUUGACGGCUUUAAAAUUUAAUUCUCUGUACUAUAAGGCUGAAAUUCAAUGCACCAGGACGGUCCAAAUUAACACAUCCGCUGCUACACAUGUGGUGUUAAGCAAUGUUAAGCAUAAUAUAUAAUUGGUCAUCAUUAAACAAGGUAAUGCCUAUUAACACUUACAUUGUUUACUUACAUUUGUAACAAAGUAUUUAAAUGUAAAUUCUCAGAAAAUGUUUACUUGUAUCAUAAUGGCAAACCGAGAGAAGUAACAUUAUAAUUCAGCGUUUUGGUUUAAACAAAAUUAUUAAGCCUAUCAGCCUUUAAGUGUCAUGCCAAUGAAGAUAUUUUGCCGCGGGUUGUAAAUGAUUUUAAUCGUGCGGAUAAUUCAAAAUGGCAAGUUUUGGCCCAAUCUAACAUACAUUAAAAUUGAAAUAUUUCCAUAACCAUACUUAAAUGCUCAAAUUGUUUGUCUGCUUUCCUGACCUAUACUAUUCGUUGAUGUAUUGAUUAUUGUAUAUGUAGGUCAUAUCACCAUAUUUAUCUAAGAGAGACUAGAAGGAAAGAGCGACUGAGUAAGCGAGAGAGGGAGAGGGCGAGAGAGAGAGCGAGAGAGAGACAGAGAGAGAGAGAGAGAGAGAGAGAGAGAGAGAGAGAGAGAGAGAGAGAGAGAGAGAGAGAGAGACUGUCUGUUUUCCUUAAACAUUAUCAACUGAAACCAGUGGGAUAUGAAGCUACAAGCUACAUAUUCCUCCGUAUACAGCGCUCUCAAUUGGUGGAAACUAGUCAGGUGACGUUGUCAUAUUGUCUUUCCUUGAGCUAAGCCUUGGCUAUAACACUUGAGUUGCGCGUCUUAAGCGGAGUGUAGAAAUUUAAAUUAUUGAAAUCCUGCUGAACUAAAAAAGAGUUUGCAUAGCAAGAAGGAGACACGCGCACGAGUAUAUGGGAGAGGAAAAUAGACAUUUAGGCGCACAGUGAAGAAACGUGAGAGACUGAGCAAGGGGUAUUAAGAAGGGAGGUAGAGUUGAUGAGAGGGCGAUAGGGGAAGGCAUGAAUUCGUAUUUCGCGAACCCGUCACUAUCCUGUCAUUUAUCCGGUGGCCAAGAGGUUUUGCCUAACAUGCCACUAAACACGACCACGUAUGAUCCUGUCAGACAUUUCUCCUCUUACGGCUCCACUGUGACCCCGAAUCGGAUUUACGCGUCCCCUUUCUAUUCGCCCCAAGACAACGUUGUGUUCGGGUCAAGCCGGGGACCGUACGAGUACGGAUCUAACGUGUUCCUCCAAGACAAGGAAGUGCUUCCCAGCUGCAGGCAAACUAGCAUGGGAAUCAACGCUCAGAGCCACGUAGCUCAGGAGUACAGCCUGGAACACGGUCGAGGCGUUGCGCAGGAGCAAAAGGGGAACCAGAUCCAGAUCUAUCCGUGGAUGCAGCGCAUGAACUCGCACAGCGGAGUUGGGUACGGCUCUGACAGAAGGAGAGGUCGACAGAUUUACUCCCGAUACCAAACCCUGGAGUUAGAAAAGGAGUUCCACUUCAAUCGCUACUUGACCAGACGCAGACGGAUAGAAAUUGCCAAUGCUCUUUGUUUAACAGAGCGCCAGAUUAAAAUUUGGUUCCAGAACCGCCGUAUGAAAUGGAAGAAAGAGAGCAACCUGACUUCAACUGUAACUGGGACAGAUUCUACGGGUGCUGCCCAGGGGGAAGAAAAACAGAGCAAUCAGGAGGAGACAGAAGAAGUUAAAAACAAAGACUAGUAGAUUUGUUUUUCUUUGUAAACGCCUGUUAAACUGCAACGUAACUACCUAUAAACUCUCAGAAAUGCAAUUAUAACUGCAUGGACUGUGUAUUCUACUAUACCUUUACAUUAAUUUCCUGACCAUUAUCACACAAAUACGAGAGAGAGCGAGACAGAGCGAGAGAGAGAGAGAGAGAGAGAGAGAGAGAGAGAGAGAGAGAGAGGUGAUAUGCAGAAUUAUGCUAAUCACUCUUUGUAUUAAUGAAAAUGAAUAUGUUUUGCCUCAUUUUAGGCAGUUUAGAUGCAAUAUCACAGACGGUGCUGUUCGGCAACCAGUCUUAAUAUUAUAGUGUUCUGUAGGCUUGUAAAUAGUUACUCUUUGAAACAAACUGUAAACUAAUUGGGUCAAUGGGCUUUGUCAUUGAUUUUGCAAACCAUUACCAUUUCAAAUGUGAAGGAAAUGUUGUCUAUGCACAUGUGUUAUUUUGUUCUCGUUCGAUUUUCUCCAACACUGGUGGGAUGAAUCAUGCUACCUACGUUCUUGUGGAUUAUAAUAAUUUCAUCCCGUCAGUGCGUGGAUGUACAAAACGCCUAUGUACUGGCUAAAUAUUUACUGUUAAGCUAAUUUCAUACCAAUUCAACAUACACUUAUAGUUAUGCUUAUAAAGUUGUCUUAAAGUGAAUAAAAACUGCUAUGAAAAUGAA